AUGACUUCAAGUGCAUCAAAUAUUAAUCCAUCACGGAUAUCGGAUUUAACAUCAACGGCAGCGAAUUCAGGAUCAGGAACAAAUCAAACAGGAUUAAUGACAACACAAUUCUUAUCAACAAAAACUGAUAAUACACGACGUUUUUCUGUUAGUAAUUUAUUACAAUUGGGUGGAACAAAUACAAAUCAGUUACAUAAUACACGAAAUUUGGAUAAAAGUGAUGAUGAAGAAUACGAAAAAAUCAGUAACGAAGGUGGAACUGAUGUGCUUUGUCAUCGAAAAAAACCUCGACGAAAUCGAACAACUUUCAGUACAAAUCAACUAACUGCUUUAGAACGUGUUUUUGAACGGACACACUACCCAGAUGCGUUUGUACGUGAAGAACUUGCUGCGCGUGUAUCCUUAAGUGAAGCUAGAGUUCAAGUUUGGUUUCAAAAUAGACGCGCAAAAUUUCGACGAAAUGAACGAAGCUUAUCCCGACAACAAAGCAAUAUAACUUGUAGCACAACAAUGUACAACAACAAUAACAAUAUAAUGAACAACAAUCAACAGAAAAUCCCAUCUUCCUGUACAAUCGAAACACCUUUAAAUACUUCCAUAAAUGCCCUAACAAAUUUACAAGUAUCACAUCAACAGAAUUUACGAUCACAAGUCUCAUCAACAACAAAUACAAAUUAUUUACCCAUCGAUAAUACCACCGAAUCAACAUUACCAUACUUAAAUCCAUGGAAGAAUCCUGGUUUACCCCAAGAGAUUGGUCUGAAUUUAUAUACAAGUGGUACAAGCUUUACAACACACUUGGAUAAUGUUAAUAAUCCUCAUACCUCGUGUGGAUUUGUUCCACCGUAUCCACAAAAUUUAACCGUUACAAGUUUAAAUAAUUUACAAGCAAAUUGUAAUUUUGUUGGACAAGUAUCAUCCAUAUCGAAUAGUAUUGCGCAUUUACGAUAUCGUGCACAUGAGUAUAGUAAUUUGAAUUCGGCUCAAUUAUAA